AUGGAGUCCGCCUUUGCGCCUGCAGGGGGAGGCCACAGACUCCACUGCACUGGGGUUAAGGCAGCCCCAGCAGCUGCAACAGCAGCAGCAGCAGCAGCAGCAGCAGCAGGUAAGCAGCAGCACCAGCAGCAACAGCAGCAUGCAUGCAGCAGCACCAGCAGCAGCAGCCUCAACUUGUGCGUUGACUCUGCAGCAAACUGCGCAGCCCAGCAAAGACGGCAGCAGCAGCAAAAGCAGCAGCAGCAGCAACAGCAGCAGCAGCAGCACAAGGUCGCUGCAGCAGCCAACUUCAAGGCAACAGCAGCAGCAGCAGCUCAGCUUCCUGAACGUGUAGCGCCGCAAGCAGCCUGCAGGGCUGCAGUAGCAAAAACAGCAGCAGCAGCAGCACCAGCAGCAGCAGCACCAGCAGCAGCAGCAGCAACUCCCAUCAACAAAAAGAAAGAGGAGACAGAAAAACAAAGCAGCUCUGCUGUUUUGAGGAGGUGCGGCAACGCGCUGGGGCUUUGGCUGUGCCCUAGUGCUGCAGCAGCAGCACCUGCAGCAGCAGCACCUGCAGCAGCAGCACCUGCAGCAGCAGCACCUGCAGCUGCAGCAGCACCUGCAGCAUCAACUGUAGCUGCACCUGCAGCAGCAGCACCUACAGCAGCAGCACCAGCAAAUGCUGAAGUAGCAGCAGCAGCAGCAGCAGCACCAUCUGCUGCUUCUGCUUCCACUGGCCUUGCUUUCAAAUUCGCUGCUGCAGCAAACCGCAGCAGCGAGACCUCCUCUGACCUAAACCUUGCAGCAGCAGUUGCUGCUGCUGCUGCUGCUGCAACAACUACAGCAACAACAGGAGCAGCAGCAGAAGCUGCUGCUCCUGUGCCUCAGACACCCACCACGACUACGACGCCAGAAACCCCUGCUGCAGCAGCAGCUGCUGCUGCUGCUCCUGCUGCUGCAGCACCAGCAGCAGCGCUUACCCCUAGCAGCAGAGUAAUGAAAGCAGUUUUUCUAGGAACCCUGACUGCAGCAGAAGCAGCAUGUUGGGCAGCAGAAACCCCUCGCGCCGAACCCUCUCCAACUGAGGCGAAGCAGCAGCAGCAGCAGCAGCAGCAGCAGCAACAGGGUGGAGAAAGUAUGUUCUGCUGCCGGUCCACAAGAUCGGGAAAGCCGGUCGAAGUGCAGCAGCAGCAGCAACAGCAGCAGCAUGAAGCGGUUCGACAGCUUCCCGGGCUACAGCAGCAGCGACAACAGGAUCUGCAGCAGCAGCUACAGCUACAGCAGCAGCUGCAGCUGCAGCAGCAGCUGCAGCAGCAAGGCACUCCCCCUCAUUUAAGUGCUGAGAGACAAGACCGCGUUCUGGAGUUUAAAAAAACAAUUUUACAGAAAAAGAAAGAUAUUGAAAGAGAUUACACUCAAAGACAACAAAUCGUUGACGAAGUGCUGGAGGUAGCAAAUUCACUGUCUGCUGCAGACCAACUUCGUUUUCUUGCUGCUUCUUCUGCUGCUUACGGAGAUGUGUUGGAGACACAUUUACAAAUAAGGAGACAGCCGCUGUCUCUCAAAGACUUCAACUUUAUACAGGUGCCAAAGUCGCGUGUAAGUCGCGCAUCAUCUCGCGAGCGUCAGUUUGCAGAGCGAGACUGUCUUGCCCUCUGCAGCAGCAGCAGCAGCAGCAGCAGCAGCGGCGGAGGAGGAGCAAAAGGAGUUGUUUUGCUGCAGCAAACCCUGCAAGAAGGACAGCAUUUAUAUCAGCUGAUGCAAUUCUUAGAAGGAGGAAGCCUAAUGCAUUAUAUGCAUGCGAAGCAGCGCUUCGACGAACAAACCACAAAAAUUUAUAUUGCGCAACUCGUCAUCGCGGUCAACGAAAUACACAAACUGCACUUUAUUCACCGGGAUAUAAAGCCUGACAACAUCGCCUUUUCAAGAGAGGGUUAUUUAAAACUCUUAGACUUUGGCCUCGCUCGUUUUGCUCCCCAUGUCUUCGCUUCUCAAGAUUAUAACACUGAUGCUUCAUUACAUCAUUCAGAGAAACACCAGGAACACAACUCUGGAAGCCCUGCUGCCCCUACAGCACCGCAGAGUUUACACCGGCCUACGAAUUCUCUUCUUCGCUCUGUCUGCGGAACUCCCAUGUACACCGCACCCGAAGUACUCCUGUAA